AUGGAAAUGGGACUUAGCCCAAUUGUAUGUAUUGCUCAAGAUUAUAUUCAAGGAAAAACUGUGGAUGAUUUACGAUUACGUCAAGCGAUACUUGAAUUACCUGAUAAUAAAACAGAACAUCUUCCAGGCUAUUUACCUCUCGUACCAGGAAUGCCAGUUUUACUCACAGAAAACGUUGCUACUGAGCUCGGACUGUCUAACGGUACACGAGGAAUCUUUCGUCUUGUAUACAAUGAAUCACCAGAAGAUGUUCGAUACCAAGAUAAGAAUUUUCCAUUAAAUACCAAGUUUAUAACGCAACCAAAGUACGCUUUAGUAGAAUUUCCUGGUUGCAAGCUUGAUAACAAACUUGCUGAACUACAGUCCAAAAUAGUUCCUAUAGCUAUUAGUGAACAAACAUUCUUGUUUGACGCCAAAGAACUUCUUCCAGCAAAUGUAGCAAAAGCGGCUAAAAUUAACAAGAAAACAACAAAACUCACCGUCAAACGUAAAGCACUUCCACUUAUACCAGCAUAUAGCAUGACUACACAUAAAAGCCAAGGUCAAACACUCGGUAAAAUUAUCGUCGAUUUGGUGAUGCCGCCUGGUCCAAUUGAACUCGCAUCGGUUUAUGUUUCAUUAUCUCGUGUAAAGAGACUUGACGAUUUACUAAUCAUACGUCCAUUCGAAUUUGGAACACUUCAAGUUAAACCAUCAACGGCCCAAAUAGAAGAACUUAAAAGAUUAGAUAAAAUAGCACAAAGAACUCGGAAACGUUUUCAAUUCAUUGUUAAAACAACAACGUCCCAAGAGUGCCGUGAUCUUCAGGCAAACCAUCUAACUGAUAAAAAAACUCUAUAUUGCAUGCUCGAAAUCUGUCCGUUAUCCAAUUAUAGCCAUUAG